AUGCUGUCCAAUGGCGAUUGCAGCUGGGGUUGCUAUAAAUUCUUUCCCGAGGCUGAGCAAGCACCUGAAGUUGAACACCAUCAGGCAGCCAAGGCUUCCAGCAACCAUCUUUGUGUACACGCUUUCCUCACGCAGUCAAAGAAAUUCUUCUCUUCGGAUACGAUAAUGGGAUUCAAACGCUGGCUCCAGAAACAGAGACAGAAGCACUCAUCUUCUUCAUCUACAAACGAAAUCGUCGCAGUCAAUUCUGGCCAAGGGCGUCAGAACGGGACGAACGCCAUCGGAUCGCGCAAUACCGAUGAUUCAAUAGACGAUCAAACCGACCGAAAUGAAACAAAUGAAAGAUCAAAGGCCUCUAAAGUCGAUUAUGCACCAUCUACGUUAGACAAUAUUCCAAUCCAGGAGCUGUGGAAUGUGGCAUACGAAAGGCUGCGAGAGGAAAAUGGCCCAUUGAUCGCUGAAUAUGAAUCAAGCCUCAAAGGAGUUGUCGCCGCUGGUGUGGCACAAACCCUGAGCUUCAAGGCGAACAUCAGGGAGCAGAUGUGGACGAUCCUUCAAAAACGUAUGGAGGAGGUAAACAAUAAUACAAAGCUCAAAUUAGGCGACCAUGAGAUCCAAAUGAAUACCUCACAACUCAUCUUGAACGUCAUAAAUGCUGCAAACAACUAUAUCAGCCAGGCCGUCAGUGGUAACCCAUUUGCCUCGAUAGCCUGGACAGGAAUCAGCUUUUUACUUCCAUUAUUUAUAAAUGCAUCAGCUGAAAGCGCCUCUUUAGCUAAAGGACUGGAAUAUAUUUCUUCUCUUAUCACGCAAAGUAAAAUGAGAGAAGAACUUUAUAUAGAGGCACGCGAUCACGAGCUUCGAGUGCGCGAUCACGAAAAGUUCCAACUUUCCCACCGCGAGUAUAAGGCCGCCUUGGAGAGGCUUUACAGGCAAAUAUUAAAGUUCGAAGCGAAAAGUUGUUGUUACUACUCAAGCAAAUUUCGCAUCGGCUUAGACGCUGUCAAGUGGAAUGACUGGGAGCAACUUAUAGGCGAUGUCCGCGAAAAGGAGCAGAGUUUUUCCGCAAUUGAGCAGAUUUGGCGCGAUAUUCGGCAUGUCGAGGAACAGUUGGCAAACGAGAGUGCAGUUGCUCAACAAGAACACAGAGAGUUUCUGAGUUGGCUUAGCGACGUUGAUCCCUCUUCAACAUACAAUGAUGCACGCGUUAGGUACGAGAAUGGCACUAAUGAAUGGCUCCUAAAAGGCAGUGAGGUAUUCAAGGCUUGGGAGACAAAUGCUAAGUCACUGAUAUGGCUUCAUGGCAAAGCUGGCUCCGGGAAAUCAGUUUUAACGUCGUCAGUCAUCAACUACUUAGAAGAUCAACAUGCUUUAAAGCCUUCAACUGCUCUAGCAUAUUUCUAUUUUAGCUUCAGUGACAUUAAGAAGCAGCAAGUUAACGGAAUGCUUGCAUCACUUAUUAAGCAAAUCUGUUCUGACAGGCCCGGUGUAUCACAAUUAAAUGACAUUAAACGCCUCAACGACUACAAAACCAAGGGCCAGCGCCCGGACACGCAAACACUUGAGACGGCGCUCUUAUCCUCUACGUCGGGAUGCUCCGCUGUAUACAUUAUCAUCGAUGGUUUGGAUGAGUGCCCGUUACUUGGAGGGCAGAGGGAACAGCUCCUGAAAAGCUUGCGUCGCAUUUUAACGACCGCAUCUGAUAAUUUUCAUACAUUCUUAACGAGCCGUAAGGAGCCAGACAUUAAUCUUGGAAUACGUCCUCUUUUAUCUUCGCCGGCGAAAAUCGAGAUCGAUCUAUUAAGCCAUCAGCAAGCUAUCAAUGACGAUGUUCAGCAAUAUAUAAAUCUAACUUUGGCAACCGAGGACUUUAACACAUGGCCAGAUGAAGUAAAAGAAGAGGCAAGACAGUUGCUUAUUCGAAAAGCAGACUGCAUGUUCCAAUAUGUUCGAUUACAGCUAGAGGCACUUAGAAUACCGUCGUCUAUAGCAGAAGUUCGCAAAGCUCUCCACGACCUUCCUGUUGGACUUGAUGCAACAUAUGACCGAAUACUCCAGAAUAUUGAUACUAGGUUCCAAAGCCAGGUUAUAAACUCGCUAAAAUGGCUUGCGUUUUCGAAGACGACCCUGACUGAUGGAGAAGUCUCCGAUAUCUUCAUAAUACACCCAGACGAUGAUGUUGUCUUUGAUGAGACAGAACGUCUGUUUUCUUCUACUGAUAUAUUAAAAUAUUUCUCUGGCCUUAUCGUCACGCUACCAAAUUAUCGCACGAUCGUGCGUUUGGCUCAUUUUUCUAUAAAAGAGUAUUUGACUUCUCGCCGAAUAGCAGGAAACCCUACGUCUGCUUUCUCAUUUACAGAAAUCGACGCACAUUUAUAUAUUACAAAGUCAUGCCUCGCCUACCUCGAGUAUUUCACAGCUAUAACUAAAACAAAGUGGGAAGAGUCUUAUGAGAGCAUUGAACAUUUUCCCUUGGUUAGAUAUGUCACUAAGUACUGGGCACUUCACCUGGAAGAGGUCCCACGUUCAUCAUGGCCAACCGGCGUUACAGAAGAUGCUGUACUCGCGCUUGCUGUUCGCAGCAGAAGUCUACAUCUUCAGCUUCAUCUGGAAAAGAAUACUUCGAUGAAUCCACAUAUGCUACAUGCAUCUUUAAAACCACAUUGUUACACGGCUCUGCGUGGUUUCCACCAGUUAACUGAGCUCCUGAUCUCUCAAGAGUGUGGUGCAAACAAGUAUUUAACGCAAGAGGAUUUGGACUUUGGUCUCCAUGUCGCAGCCCAUGAGGGGCACUUAGACAUUGUACGGCUUUUCCUAGAAGCAGGCGCCAACAUUAAUACCCGUUGCGAUGACUGGGAAUCAGCACUGGAUGCCGCAGCGGAGGGUCAGCACUUUGAUGUUCUAAAGCUCCUCAUAAGCUAUGGGACCGACGACAGCCAUUCCCAGAGUUCGCUAAGUCAUUCAUUAUGUCGAGACGCCCGAAGUAUGACAAUCCUUCUUGACAGCGGCGCAGAUAUCGAUAAGCAAAUCGGAUACUCUGGGACAGCGCUCUGCCUUGCGGCAGCAGCCAGUGACUCUGUAUUCUUCGACCUACUGCUAGAGAGAGGUGCCAAUGUCAAUGCCUCCGGUGGAGAUUAUUGUACGCCGCUCCAAGCAGCUUUUAGAUUGAGGUACAUGUACAGAGAGUCGUGGCUCAUGCCUGCACGCGUUCAGAAGUUAUUAGACCGUGGCGCAGACCCCAACAUUCAAGGUGGGCGAUAUGGAACAGCACUACAGGCUGCGUGCCGUUUAUCUUUAUACGAUUCACAUGAUAUCGGAAUAGUAAUGAAGGCUGUACAGCUUCUUAUUGAGCAUGGAGCUGGUGUGAAUACUCAAGGGGGACAUUACGGAUCAGCACUCCACGCGGCAGCAUCGUCGCAUCAUCCUCAAGCAACGCAGGUAAUCAAGUUACUCCUGGACAACGGCGCCGAAAUCGAUCAAGCGGGUAAUGACGAAUGGAAAACUGCGCUGCAAGUUGCUUGUUACGAAGGGACAAUAGAAGUUGUGCGCUUUUUGAUAGGCUGUGGAGCUGAUGUGAACGCAGAAGGCGGUCGUUACGGUACCCCUUUACAAGCUGCGGCAGCUCGGCGCCUCAAUGAGGACUCAAGUCGUGAAGAACUACAGACCAAACUCUCGAUUCUCAAACUGCUCAUAGAUGAGGGCGCCAAUAUAAAUCAACAUGGUGGAGCGGCGCUACGGACCGCCGCUUUGGAAUCACCUAAUGAGGGAAUCCUCGACUUGCUCCUUGCUCAUGGUGCGGAUGUCAAUGCAUGUGCAAAAGACGGCGGAACGGCAUUGAUAGCCGCCUGCAGGAGCCUCGACAAUGACACGAGAUGUGUGCGAUUUCUGUUGGACCGUGGCGCUGAUUAUCACAAGAGUGGUUACGAUAGACUUUAUGAUGGCCAAACCGCGGUGCUCGUGGCACGAGCGCUACUUGAGCGUGGUGCUGAUGUAAAUGCACAACACGAGAAAUAUGGAACAGCACUCGAAGCAGCUUGUGCUUGGAACUUUAAGUUAGUUGAGCUGUUGCUUGAACACGGUGCAGAUGUUCAGCUUCAAAACUGCGCUGCUUGGUACGAAGCUGCUCGUUCCGGUGGCAUUUUCAGCCUUCGGCUUCUGCUUGAACAUGGGACUGAUGUGAAUCAUGUUUCUCAAGAACAUGGGACUGCUUUGCAUGCCGCGAUGGAUACCUGGGAUCGGUUCGGAUAUCCCCCCGGUGAAUACAUACUACUAUCGCCUAAUAAGAUCAGCUUUUUGCUUGAGCACGGAAUUGACCCGAAUGUUACGAGCGGCCUCUUCGGUUCGGCUUUGCAGGCAGCCGCCUACUCGGGUCGGACUCUAUUGUUCUUUGGAGACUACAUGUACAUCUGCAACAACUUCUGGACCGUAUUUAUUCAGGGCUCUAUUAAUUUGACAUACUUCAACUCACUUCCCGCCGACCGCAUCCCUUCCACAGUCCUCACCCAAUCCGCGAAACUCCUUCUCGACCUCGUCAUUAACCACAACAAAAUUCGAUCAUACAUCAAUGCCCCUCAAUAUGUUGAUUCAGCGCAAAAUACUGCGGAAGAUGCUAUUCACGCGCUGUAUACGGCUAUUGCAGUGGCGAAGGCACCUGUCAGCUGGGCCUUAAUUGCUAGACCACCAGGCUUCAAAAGAAUAGGCUCAGAUGCGACGACAGCAUCAAGAAAUUUGGACAUGGCGAUUUCCGCAAUUUGA